GAUUGCCGUGUUUCAUUGAUAUGGUCGGUAUUGAUAAACUACUAUUCAGGCACUUACUGGUGUAGAAUCGCUGUCACAUAUUUCACGAUUAGGCGUCUAACAAAGAAGCAUUGAGGGGCUAGGGCUGAAACCAUCUGGCUACAAAGAGCCGGAGGUCGGGCACCAUAUCUCCUUCAGCAUAAAAGAGGGCAUAUCUCGUCCUACUAAUUGCCUGUCAUCAUGCCUCUCACCCUUUCAGAAGCAGAGGAAAGCGAUGUAGGCGACAUCGCGGAUAUCCACCUAGCUUCGUUCGGCGAAAACAUGAUGCUCCGGGCGCAAUUCCCAACACCCUGCCUGCGUGCCGGAUUGCGAAUCUCACUGAUGGAUAAAGCUCGCGAGGAAAUUCGCGAUCCUCAAUGGGCGGUUCUGGUCAUUCGCGACGAAAACGAGAUCAUUAGCUUUGCGAAAUGGAAGCGACCUGUUUUAGAUGCCUCGUACGUUGAGGUACCCUGGCGAUGGCCCGAAGGCACCAGGAUGGACAUUCUGAAUGAAUGGACGAAGAAGGUGGAUGAUGCGUGCAGCAGGGCUAUAGGGGAUACGCCUUGCUACUGUUUGAGUUUUAUAGGAACCCAUCCGAAGCAUGGAGGGCGCGGGGCGGCCUCGAUGCUCAUACGGUGGGGCCUGGAGCGCAGUGCGAGUGAGAAUGUUCCGAUACAGCUUGAGAGCACUAUUGUUGCUUGGCCGUUGUACGAAAAGCUCGGAUUUGAGGAAAAGGAACGUAUUCAGAUGCAAUUGGAAGGGGUUGGGGAGAGUGGGAUAUCAGUGCUCUACGAGGAAUUGUCUCUCGUGCGACGGCCAGUGCCGUCUGCUGUCGUGAGCCGAGCGACGAAGAUUCCCAAGACAGAUUGAAACAUAUACAAUGCUACAUAUACACGCGAUGGUGAAUUGUUUUAGAUAGAUCUAGAUAUUUCUCAAAAAAAUAAAAUAAAAUAAAAUAAAAUAAAAUAAAAAAUAAAA